AUGAAGAUAUGGAAUUACGGGAAAACCCCGACACGCGGCGUCAAAGAGUUUGGGGUAUUAAUGGAUGACCUAUUAAUAUACAAUGGCAUUCUGGAUUGCGUAGAAGGCGAGGAGAUAAAAUCGCAAUGGAUCUGUCUGCGGGACGUGGAAAUAGACGCGUUGACGCCGAGCCCGUCAGACGCUAGCCACCGCUCCACCACCGGCGGCUCGAAGAGGCCGGCCGAUCCGCGCGCCCGGCCCCACACCAGCGUUUCCCAAGACGCGCACGCACACACGCACACGCACACGCACGGAGACGCGCACACGCACACGCACACGCACGGAGACGCGCACACGCACACGCAAGCCGACACGCACAAGGAAUACGUCACG